CCUCUAGUGUCGCUGCAGGGUGACGCACGUGACUCCAAUCAACACGUCAGAAGCAUUUGGUCACAAUUUCGUCGUUGGUGUCCGAGCGCAAACGUUUCAACCUUAACAAUGCGCGCAUUUCUUUGCGUCGGGGAUCAAGUUGCUUGUUGCUGUUACUUUUGUUUUGGAGACACGCACGCGCGCACGCACGCCGUCGCUGAACCCAAGUCAUUUUUUUGGGGGGGGGGGGUUUGUAUUUUUCGAACUUGUCCUCAAGUGAGCGACAAAGCUCACCCAAAAAGCGACGCCAUGCCGCCAACCGCAUUCCCAGUCGCUCUCCAAAUGUGGACUUCUUCGAGAGGAGCAGUAGCCAUUGUUGUUGUCAUUAGCUGCUAAGCUCGCUAGUUAGCUUUAGCCUGCUAGCAGCUGUCACAACAAGAUCAACUGAACUACAAAAAAUACAAAAUAACUAAUACGGACAUGGAGGGCGUUCUGUACAAAUGGACCAAUUACAUGACCGAUGUUCGCGUGUGCGUGUCAGGUUGGCAGCCGCGCUGGUUCGUCCUGGCGAACGGCGUCAUUUCGUACUACGACAGCGAGGACGACGUCGGCAAAGGAAGCAAAGGCUCCAUCAAGAUGUCCGUGUGCGACAUUAAAGUUCACCCGACCGACGCCACACGCUUGGAGCUGAUCAUUCCCGGCGAGCAACAUUUUUACGUGAGGGCGGUGAACGCAGCAGAGCGGCAACGCUGGCUGGUGGCGCUCGGCUCGUCCAAAGCGGGAACCUCGGACGCGCACAAACACAGAGGUCCGGACUGUCUGAGGACCAAAAUGUCUGAGCUUCGUCUCUACUGUGACCUCCUGGUCCAGCAGGUCCAAACCAUCCAAUCGCAGAGCGGCGCGGACCCCGAGGACGUGCCCACAUCUGAGGCGUCGCUCCUUCGCGCCACCUGCGCCACCUUCGUCAGGACGCUGGAGGAGUGUAUGAGCUUAGCGCAGCACAAGCUGGCGCCGCACCUGCAACCUCCUGAAAGGAUCAGACGAUCGGUCAGUCACCCCGGGACGUCCACUUCGGACAGGUGCGGCGUGCUCAAAGAAAGCGCCGGCGGAGGUCAGCGAUGCAAGCCGCGGCGCGACCGGGCCGGCUCGGACAGUUCCGUUUAUGACACUCGGUCGACGUAUAAAGGUUUGCUGGCGAACCUCAGCGGCGACUCGUCGUGCAUCCCCGAGGAGCGAGGGGGCGGGGCGAGUCCGAAGACCACGCCCACGGACACGGACACAGACCUGUCCAUCUGAAGGUCACGUGAAGGUCGGAAGGCGUCAGUUGGACGGCGGACGCCGCGAAUGUAUUUCUCGAACUGUGCGGAACCAACCAUUUGCAAACGAGCACUUUGGACGUAUUUAGAGUAAUUUAUUUCUAUUUGCCUCUGGAACUCAGAACUUGAAUUCCCGUGAAGGCGAGCGGGACCAAAAUGGCCGCUUUCUUCGACACCCCCCACCCCUCCGCCCGCACUACAAUGUGAACACGAGCCGCCAUUUUGUUGCGAUGGUCACGGCUUCAAUGUUUCUGCUGCCUUCAAAGACAAUUGCUGUGUUGGGAAUCAUUUCAAUUUCCUAAUGUUGACUGUGUUGCAUCGCGUUGAGAGCACUUUAUUUCAAAUCUACACGUUCCGCCAGCACUGCACAAUGGCCAAGCCACGAAAUAGCGGCUGGCGAGUGAUUCCCAACACGGCCGACGUGAAAGUGGUGCAAUGCAUGAUGGUACUUGUAGGCAGCAGCUUCAUUCCUUUCCUGCUGCUUGUGCACUUUAGCGGUAAAAGUCCUUUUUGGAGGGAUUGUGUUGCCUCUUGUCGCCACGGCAACCAACUCAGCGUUCAACCCGGUGGUUUUAAAAGACAAAUUGCACUGAAGCGCCUAAAAAUAAUCUGCUUCAAAAUCAAAAAUUGUUUUUUUUCUUUCCUCCUAUGCUAUGAGAAGAUGACCCGCAUAAUAAAGUAAUGAAUAAAUUAUAUUUUAUUUCUGA